AUGUAUUUUCCUGAUAGAAAACAUAAUUUUUUAUCUAACAAUAAGUUAAAACUUUGGUAUAAUAAAAUAUUUUAUCCUGCUUUAAGUCAAAUUUGUCCUAAUGAUGUUUUACAUCAUUAUCCUGCAUCUUUUGAUUCAUUUUUAGUUUUAACUAAAAAACCAUUACAAAAUUCUUAUAUUCAUGAUUGUUUUGGCCUUUCAAAUGAAUAUUUAGAUAAAUCUUUAAAUUUUAUUCUAAAAAACUUUUUGGAUUCAAAUAAUUUUUGGAAAAAUUUAGCAAAAUUUGAUUUGGGGAUUGAAUUUAAUUCUACAAACCUUCCACCUACAUCAGUAUUUUGGAAUAGAAAAACAUCUAUAGAUCUUAUAAAAAAAAUUAGCAAGUCUUUAAAUAUUUAUGAAUGGAUGCAUACAUAUGAUCUUGCUGGUGGUUCUGAUGAUAUUAAUGCAGUAUUUAAUCCUUCAAAAAUACUAAAUGCAUGCAAAACUACUAUUCAAAUAUUAGAUAAUCAUAAAAAUAUUAGUUUUGGUGCAAGAUUAGAGUAUAGAAUAUCAUAUAAAAAUACUAAACCUUUUGCAAAAAAUUUAAUAGAAAUACCUUUAUUUUUACAAACUAAUCCUUUUUAUAUAAUUCCGACUGAAAUUAUGUGCAAUUUUAAAA